AUGGCCUCAGAAAAACCAGAGGUCCCCGUGACCGACACCCACAUGGGCGACAUGAAGGAACCAACACGAGUCGAAUCCGAUUUAGCAGACGAACACGUCGUGGAUGGACCAAGACCGACGGGGUGGAUGCAUCGCGAGCGCAAGAUUGGGAAGUUCUCGUUGAGUUGGUACGCGUCGCCGCGGAGCCAGCUGUUGAUGGUGUCGUUUGUGUGUUUUUUGUGUCCGGGCAUGUUUAAUGCGCUGGGUGGCCUGGGAGGUGGUGGGAAGACUGAUGCUACGUUGGCUGAUAACAUGAAUAUCGCGCUUUACAGCACUUUCGCCGUGUUUGGUUUCUUUGGUGGAACCUUUGUCAAUUAUCUCGGUGUCAAGGCGACGCUGAGUUUUGGUGGAAUCGGGUACUGCAUUUAUGCUCUGAGCUUGCUUCUCUCGGUUCACUUUAACGUUGGUGGAUUCAAUAUCUUUGCAGGUGCGCUUUUGGGUGUUUGUGCUGGUCUGUUAUGGACAGCUCAAGGAACCAUCAUGAUCUCGUACCCGAAAGAGGAGGAUAAGGGAAAGUACUUUGGUAUUUUCUGGGCUAUUUUCAAUUUGGGUGCUGUUAUUGGAAGUUUGAUCCCUCUCGGAGAGUCAAUUCACACCAAAGACAACGUCAACGUAUCUGAUGGCACCUACAUCGCUUUCAUCGUUCUCAUGUUCUUCGGUGCUGUGGUCGCACUUCUCCUCUGCAACGCCAAAGAUGUCGUCAGACGUGAUGGUAGCAAAGUUGUCCUCAUGAAACACCCAACAUUCAUCACCGAAUUCGUCGGUCUCUGGGAAACCCUCACAUACGAGCCCAUGGUCGUUCUCCUCUUCCCAAUGUUCUGGUCUUCAAAUUGGUUCAUCACCUACCAAGCGAACGGUGUAAACAACGCCUACUUCGCGACCCGUACCAAGGCACUUAACAACCUCCUCUACUACCUCGCCCAAAUCAUCGGUGCAUUAGGUUUCGGAUACGCCAUGGACAUUCAAACAUUCCGUCGUACCACCCGUGCCAAAGCAUCUCUCAUCUUCAUCUUCACCCUUACAAUGGUAAUCUGGGGAGGUGGUUACGCAUUCGCCAAGAAAUUCAAUCGCGCAGAUGUAGACAAGAAACUCCACCCAGACUACGUAUUCAUGGAUUGGACCACCGAUGGAUACGUCGGUCCAAUGUUCCUCUACUUCUUCUACGGCAUGUACGACGCCAUCUGGCAAGCAUCCGUCUACUGGUACAUGGGCGCCCUCUCCAACUCCGGCCGUCGCUCUGCAAACUACGUCGGUUUCUACAAGGGCAUCCAAUCCGCCGGGGCCGCCGUCAUGUGGUCCCUCGACAGCCACAAACUCGAAUUCAUCAAGGAGUUCGCCUCUAACUGGGCGCUUCUCGCUGGCUCUCUCGUCGUUGCAGCCCCCGUCAUCUGGUUCAAGGUCACGGAUCACGUUACCAUUGAGGAGGAUCUCGCUAAUACGGAUGAGACUAUUGCGGAUGUGUUGCCGAGUGGACAUCCGGAGAAGACGGUUGUUUAG